AUGCCUCGCUGUAAGCAGCUAUGCCGCCCCCGCUAUUUGCGGAAGGGCAGUUCCACAUUCUCCCUCCCUUGUGCCUGCGCACCGUGCCCAUUGCCCCUGUGCCGCGCCAUCCCCACCUCAGCGUCGCGCAGUUGGCUGUCACAGCGCCACGCUUGUCCCGUGCCCUCCCUCCCGCCCCUCACUCACCAUGCCCCGUCCAUUUCUUCCCAUUUCCGCGCGCAGGCGUGCAGCGCGGCGCAGGCACAGAGCGGAGCGGCGCAGCCUGGGUCGAUGCUGGCGGGGUUCGAGUACCCGGAGCACGUGUGCGGGGCGCCGUGGCGCGACGAGUACGUGCGGCUGCACGCGCGCAUCAGAGCCGCCAGCCGAGACGCGUGGAGCGCGCGAAAGCCACCAGAUGCCCCCUCUUUUGCGCCUUCGUGUUCGCCAGCACCAGCACCAGCGCCCGCAUCACAUUCAGUGCCGCCCCUCGCCUCCGCGCCGCCGCCACAGCCGGCCGCGCAGCGCAGGCGUCUGGCGGACGACUCUCCCCCCGGCGAGGAGGCGCCCGCGGUGCGGUUCCUGACGUACGACUGGUACGGCACGUGCGGCGGGCUGGGCGACUACCUGAUCGGGCUGGUGUCCAUCUUCCCCGCCGCGCUGCUGGACCGCCGUGCGCUGCUCAUCGCACAGCCCUGCAUGCACGCCGCCUUCCACUCGCCGCACAUUGACACCGCGCUCUCCCCCGACGUGCCCAUGGGGGGACACCCACUGCUGCGCGCCACGCCCUUGGACGCGCAAGAGGGUGAUGAGCGCGUGGAGUGGCACGCCCCGCCAUGCGAGCAGCUGGAGGGCAACCUGAGCGCCGCGGCGAGCAACAGCAGUGGCGUGCCGUGCUUGAACAUGGCGGGGCAGGGCUUUGAGAUCGAGGCUCUGCAGCAGCUGAGUGCACUGCGCAACUACCGCAUGCGCUACAACCAUGGGCUGCUCAUCUCCACACUGCUGCUCGACCAGGGCCCGUGGGCUACCGCCCUGCGGCAGCUGGGCUUCAAGGUGGCGUACGGCUUCGGGUGCAUCCUCCGGUUCCUCUUCAGUCCGCGGCCCGAGGUGUGGCAGCUGGUGGUGGGGAUGGAGGAGCAGGUGUGGGGCGAGGGCGUGGUGCGCGUGGCGGUGCACGUGCGUGUGCCGGACCGAGAGGUGUGGCACAGCGAGGGCAUGCCCCUGGAGGCGUCGCAGCAGCAGGUGGAGGAGCUGCUCGCCACGGCCAACACCACGCUGCAGUGCACCCAGACAGUGGAGGAUUUCUGGUACCCGCCUCCCCUGAAGGUCAAGUGGAUUAUCAUCACCAACUCGCACCCGCUCAAGCAAGCGCUCAAAGCCAAGUACCCACACAAGGUGGUGGCCACGGACUUCAUCCCAUGGCACUCCGCGCAAGCCACGCAGCACGGCCACACACACCUUGCAUCCACGGACGAGCGUGACACGGCGCUGAGAGGGCUGCAGCACUUCCGCGAGACGGUGGCGGAGUGGGCGCUGAUAGCAGCGUGCCACUCCUUCAUCAUCCCCGCCUCCGGCUUCUCUCGCACCGCCGCGCUCUACGGCCUGCGCCCCCUCGACAUCUUCAUGCCCGCGCCGGACCCCUGCGACCCUGAGCAGCCCACGCCCAUUGCAGCCUUGCGCGGCUCCUGGAGUGGCAUCUAG